UGCUGGAUUCAUCGGAGAUCGGCGGCGAUCAAUCAAGCUGGAGACUCAACGUAAACGAGUUCCGAUUUCCGAAGCGUAGUCUCGAGCAUCAUCGCCAGUCGUUUAGUCUCAGACGCCUCCUCCGCGAUAAUAGUAUGUUGUUGAUGUCUUGAUGAUGCGUAUGGAUAUAAAUGUGCAGUUUCGACAGUUAUGUUUUCUCACAAUAGUAGAAUGUCAAGAAACUUAUUCAGUCGGCUGGCUUCUUUAUUCAAGUUUUGAUUGGGUGGGGGUAACCAUGUGCUGCAUCCUGCAAAUACUCUGCUGCACGAGCAUCGGGUUUCUUGCUGCUAUGAUUGCCUGAUGUUUGUGAACAUACUGUAUUUGAACUUUUUUUCCCCUUAGGUAAGCAAACGAAUGUUUCGGAAUAUUACAAAAAUCAGGAGAAACUCUUAAAAGGUUUCGGUGAAAUGGAGUCGAUCAACAGAUAUGGUGUUUCACCGGAUGCUCUUACAGAGGAUGAAAUGAAUCGGCUGGCCAUGAGUGAGAGGGUAGCCGUGAGUGUCUCAAACAUCGCAAAUCUGUUCCUCUUUGCCGCGAAAGUUUUUGCUUCAAUCAAGACCGGGUCUCUAUCGGUGAUAGCAUCGACUAUGGACUCACUACUAGACCUUAUAUCGGGCCUGAUUCUGUGGUUCACUUCCCAUGUAAUGAGAACGCCUAACCAGUAUCACUAUCCAAUCGGAAAGCGACGAAUGCAGCCUGUGGGAAUUAUUGUUUUUGCUACUGUAAUGGCGACUUUGGGACUUCAAAUAAUUCUGGAGUCUGCCCGUCAACUCCUCACAAAGUCUGGUCCGCAUAUGGACCGCGAACAGGAGAAAUGGAUGAUAGGGAUAAUGGUGUCCGUAACGACAGUGAAGUUCAUGCUCAUGCUUUAUUGCCACAAAUUCAGCAAUGGGAUCGUUAGAGCCUACGCUCAGGAUCACUUCUUCGACGUCAUCACAAACUCCAUCGGACUAGUAACAGCUAUUUUAGCAGCCCGAUUCUCCUGGUGUAUCGAUCCUACCGGCGCUCUCAUUAUAGCAAUAUACACAAUCAGCACAUGGACGAAGAUAGUGAUCGAACAAGUUCGAUCGAUUAUAGGAAGAGCAGCGCCGCCGGAGUAUCUAGCAAAGCUAACGUAUCUGAUAUGGAACCACGACAGGGAGAUAAAGCAUAUCGACACAGUUAGAGCGUAUACCUUCGGGUCUCAUUACUUUGUGGAAGUCGACAUUGUGUUGCCGGGGAACAUGCCACUGAGCCAAGCGCAUAACAUUGGGGAGAUGCUGCAAGAGAAGCUCGAGCAGCUCCCCGAUGUCGAGAGAGCUUUUGUUCAUAUCGACUUCGAGUUUACUCACAGACCAGAACAUUCCAGCCGCUAAUAGCAUCGGGGUAUGUUAUUGUUCUCUCCGUUCAUAAGCAUUACUUAAAUACCUCAUCAUGCUUCAUGCAUAGUAGCGACACAUAUUGCAUGUGACAUAGUAAUAUUGUAUACUGCGUUACACUAUUGUCUUUCGAUUUUUUUACUAAUUCACUAGAUUAAGAAGCA